AUGGUCCUAAUAACAGCCUCAACAACAAUCCCUGUCAACCCCUCAGGCAGCACACCAACACUCACAAAAGAAGACCUUUGGAUAGCCCUCGUGCUCAAAGCGCGCGAUCCCAAACAAUUCGUCCCUGUCAUUGAGAGUUCCGAGGUUAUAUCCGAGAAUGAGAACAGGUUAACGAGGAAAGUCUCAUUCAAGGGCGACGAUGCUAGUAAAGAUGGUGUUGAGGAACGGGUGGUGUUUGUGGGGGGUAUGAAGGUUGACUUCCACAUCCCCGCGACAGGCCAGGUCGUUUCGAAUAUCAUAUCAACGUCACCGGCUGACGAGUUGUUUCUUACGUUUACAUUCGAGUGGCCGCAUCCCGAAUUACGGGCUGGGAGUGUCGAGGUUAAGGAGUUAGAGGCGAGACGAGGAGAGUUGAGUCGGGGUGUUGUGCCGCAUACGGUUGAGGUUGCGAGGGGGUUGAAAAGGGACGGGGUGUUAAGGGUGGGGUGA